AUGUCGGACGAUUACCCCGAGGUCAGUCAGUGGCAGCUGUCCACCACCUGGUUCUACUUUCCGUGUUUUCGAGGAUACCGGACAUAUGUCGAGCGACUGGAAAGCGCCAUUCACGACGCCGACAAUUUGCAUUACGCCAUCUACCAAUACGUGCCGUUCCUUUCCCCCCACUCAUGGGGUAUAUUGAUCUACAUCCACCAUGCAGUCGACUCCGGCCUGCCCACAAUUUUGGCAAUUGCUCGCGGAGAACUGGUCAGGCUUCUUGUAAUAGCAAGGCGUAUCGAAGAAGAGGGCGCCCGGUCGACUCGUGAGCAAAGCUGUCUCCCGAGUUCCAGAUAG